AUGUCGAAGCCAGCGCCAUCAUGGCUCAAGGGAUUCGCGGGCAAGAGGAAGGAGGCUGCUAAGGAAAGCACCCCGUCCUUCGAUGCCAAGAAGGCCAAGACUGCGCAGGAGGAGGGAGAGGGGAUCGAGGACUACAUGGCAGACCACAUCCUACCGCAGGACGAGGCGUCAUCGCGCAGACGGGUGGAGAGGAACACAGAGAAGACGAGGCCGUUGAAGGAGAGAAUGAGCGAAGCACUGGACAAGGCAGGAGCUGAGAGCGGGCUCAGCAACCCCAUCGGUAACGACAACAUCGGGUUCCGGCUGGGGCUGGGGAAGGAGAAGAGCGGGCUAGCAGCUCCGCUAGAUAUUCACAUGAAGAAGGCAAGCAGGAGGGGUCUUGGAGUCGAAGAGGAGACGAGGAGGAUAGCCCAGGAGCAGGCAAGAAACAAGGCCGAGAACGUAUCCAACCUCAAGGACUCCUUCCUCUCGAGGCAGAAGGCAAACUUCGAGACGAAGCAGAACAUACGGGACCUCUCGAGGGCGCAGAAAGUUUGCGAGACCCUCGACCGAGCAGCAGGUCUUGAGAAUCCUCAGCUGUGGGGCAUCUCCAUGGACGAGGACGGGAAGCUGGCGGGAGAAGAGGCAGUGGAGCAGCGGAUAGAGGCUCCUGAUGGGAGCGCGUACUCCCGUGUUGUGAGCGGCAGACCUCAGGACAGGAGCGAGAUGUCGCCGGAGGACAUCGUCUCCCUGCUGUCAAGGUGA